AUGGUUGUUUGGGUUCAGUUCCCAGGCUUCCCCGUUCAUUUCUACCACAAGGAACUUUUGUUUACGCUGGGGAAUAUGAUUGGCAGGGCGAUCAAGCUUGACUUCCACACAGCUAACCAGCAAAGAGCAAAAUUUGCUCGAAUGGCGGUGGAGGUAGACCUGUCUAAACCGCUAGUCCCCCGAAUUCGGCUGGAUGGCAAAUGGCAAAAAGUUGAGUUCGGGAACCUUCCCAUCGUCUGCUUCGAAUGUGGCAAAAUUGGCCAUACAAAGCUGAACUGCCCGUCUCUUUCACAAGCUCUUACCGUCGCUUCUCAGUCCGGUGCGCCUUCACCGCCGUUGGUCGCUGCGGCCGUGGCUUCACCGGAGGAUCCAGCCGGUUUCGGCCCUUGGAUGCUGGUGUCAAGGAAGUCCCGCCGAAACUCUCGCGAUCCCCCUAAACAAGGUAAGUUGGAGCCAAUAUUGGGAAAUCAUAACGGGAAGGAAAGGGGGAAUUCAGGGAAAGAGGAAGCGGUUGCUAAGAUGGAAAAGGUGGGUGCGGCGCCUCUGCUAUCUGGGAGGAAUCAGGGGAAAUCUCUAAAUGUCCAAGAUUCUAACCUAGGGAAGCAAAAGGGGAAAGUGGCGGAUAAGGGUAAGGAACGUAAAGGGAAGGAGAUCGUGGACAUGGAAGUCAAUGGGAUUUUGGGGCCUGCUCCAAAGCCCCUUGUGAUUGGGCAGCCCAAGCCCACCAUCAACAGUAAGAACAAGGAGGCCUCAUCCUCUAAACAGACUCCGCGCCCAGCAGAAGAAGCCCAACCCAACGAGAAGAAUCAGAGGCAGGAAUUGAAUGUCUCCAGUAAUGGGAACGGGGUCAAAAUUCAAAUUGUGGAAGUCAAACCUUAUGAGCUGCCUCCACCGCGAACUAUCGACCACUCUGUCCCGUCGGCGGUUUCAAGAACUAAACAAAAGAAGGAAAAAAAGAAAAGUCAGGGGAGCAAGACUUCGACGCCUAUGAAGCUGACUCCACUCCGCCACAACCCGAUGAAAGCUCUGCAGUUUUGGUCACCGGUUAAAGACAAGAAGAACAAGAGUAAAGAGCGGCGAGUAGCUUUAACCUUACAGCAGAUUAGUGAAUGGACAGGGAAGACUCAAUCGGAAGAGGGGAAGAAGGGGGAUGCGAUGGCAGGGGGAUUUGUGAGGGAUGCGGCGGCGGGGAACCUUGAGGAGGGGGUCCUGCCGAGUGCGAUUUCCCGGUGA